AGUAACAUAAUGAAGGGAACCACUGAUUUCAGGCGACGGAAAAAUUGGACAGAACGUAUCCUGGUUGAGAUGGCCGGCUUACUUCAUGUUCUGUCUACUACCGGGAAAUUUCUUUACUGUUCAGAGUCGACAUUUGAACUCACUGGUUAUCGGCCCCACGAAUUGGUCGGUCAGGCAAUAUUGGACUUUUUGCAUGUAGAUGAUAUGGAUGUUUUUAUCCGAGAUUUUCAAAUGUCUUUCUAUACACGAUCAAAAAUUAGAACUUAUUAUCGGUUCCGUAAGAAGGAUGAUACCUACGUUAUCUUUGAGGUAGUAGGGCAGCCGCAGAGAACUGAUCCUUCUCAGCAGCAACAACAACAGCACCAGCAGCAGGAGCAGCAGCAGCAACAACAACAACAACAUCAAGCACCUACUUCAUUUUUCGCUAUUGCUCAACCGGUACCUACAAAAAGUGGCGGCUUGAUGGAUACCUUUUUAGAGUUGAAAGCUGAAAAUAUCUGGUUGAGGGAAAGAAUCGAAGAAUUGAAACAACAGCAAUCAACCAAAUACCACAAGAGCAAUGGUGAUAGUGGUGUAAACAACCAAGUUGUUACUGAAAGCAUUGAUGAUAACGAGGAAUUGCAACAGCAACAGCAACAGCAACUGGAAGUAGGCGCUACACCUCUGAAUAUGAUAGCACCAAUUGAUCCCUGCAAGACUACGGACAGUAUCAAGCUUAAUCGCCUUUUUAGAGGAAAAAAGCAAAAGGGGCCAGAUGAAUAUGUUUGCGCUGAUUGUGGAACCACGUCUUCUCCAGAAUGGCGUAAAGGUCCUCACGGUCCGAAAUCUUUAUGUAACGCAUGUGGUUUACGUUGGGCAAAAAGAAAUAAGCAA